ACGGACGUGAUUAAGGUUGCACCAGUAAUGCUGCUCACCUCUGUAGCAGCUCACGUCUUCACCAGUCAACCGUUGUUUAUCUCACCGCUUCACCGCUGGAUGACAGCGACAGUAUCCACGCGUGUCUGUGUCGUCGGUUGAAAACUUUGCACGAUGCAUCCGAGGCCCUGAGAAUGAGAGAAGGUGUGUUUGUUGUGUGACUCAGCUCGUGUCUAGCCAUGGAGAAGCCCUGGAGGCUGUGGGGGGCGAUGGAGCGUUGUACCUUCGCCCUGGUCUCCUGGUCCUGGGGUGCCUGUCGAGUCUCCCUGUUGGCCCUCAUCCUCACCUUCCACCUGUAUGGAGGAUUUUUUCUCCUCGCUCUCAUCCUGGCCUCAGUCGCAGGCAUCCUCUACAAAUUUCAGGAUGUGCUCCUCUACUUCCCGGACCAGCCGUCAUCCUCUCGUCUCUAUGUUCCCAUGCCCACAGGAAUCCCACAUGAGAAUGUCUACAUCCGCACCAAGGACGGUGUGAAGCUCAACCUCAUCCUGCUUCGUUACACUGGAGGGGACACGCCCCCUGGAGUCACCCCUGGCAAUCAAAGCAGCCCAACAUCCUCUGCUCCGCCUACCAUCCUUUAUUUCCAUGGCAAUGCCGGCAAUAUUGGUCACAGGGUGCCAAAUGCCCUGCUGAUGCUGGUCAAUCUAAAGGCCAAUGUAGUGCUGGUGGACUAUAGGGGCUAUGGAAAGAGUGAGGGUGAGGCCAGUGAGGAUGGGCUGUACCUAGAUGCAGAGGCCACACUGGACUAUGUCAUGACCCGUCCUGAUCUGGACAAGACAAAGGUGGUACUCUUUGGCCGCUCACUAGGAGGCGCUGUGGCCGUGCGCCUGGCAUCAGCCAACCCUCACCGCGUAGCAGCCAUUAUUGUUGAAAACACCUUCCUCAGCAUUCCCCACAUGGCAGCGACACUCUUCUCCUUCUUACCUAUGCGCUUGCUGCCCCUGUGGUGCUACAGGAAUCAGUUCCUGUCCUAUCGACAGGUGGCGCUGUGCCGCAUGCCCUCGCUUUUUGUGUCUGGCCUGUCAGACCAGCUCAUCCCACCAGUUAUGAUGAAACAACUGUAUGAGCUGUCUCCUGCACGGACUAAACGCCUGGCCAUCUUUCCAGAGGGAACACACAACGACACGUGGCAGUGUCAGGGCUACUUCGCUGCUCUGGAGCAAUUCAUGAAAGACCUGCUGAAGAGCCACGCCCACGAGGAGAGUAGUCAGACCUCAGCGAGCGUCACCAUCAUCUGAAAACAAAUCUUAGAAGGACUGUCGACUACUAUUUAGGGGAAAACUUGAUUGGAGGGACUUAAUUGGUUUUUGGAAAGAAUGUACAUUUUCUAUGCUUUUUCUGGGUUUUUAUUUAAUCUUACUCUCUCUGUGAAUCUAACAUUUAUCAACAUGUCUAUUUUGACUAUUUCAAGGAAGUUUGAGCAGGUAACAAACCCUCAAGUGAUCUUUUGUGUUGCAGCUAUGAAUGCAUGUUUUUAUGACAUUUCAUGAAUGACUCCAGAACAUACAUACCCACACUGCAAUGUCACAACCACCGAAGAAUCAGCUGCAGUGGGUCAGCAGAAAUGAAUUCAGAUUUAAUGACAAUUUAAUGACCAUACAAGGACCAUGUUUCAGAGAAAGUUGAUUACUACUACAAAUGAACACUUCUUUUAGUAUACAAAAUCAGACAAUGAUAAUAUGUAGGCCUAUACUGCAUAUAUACAGUACACUCAUAUAUAUAUUAAAUCUGUUUUCUUAUUUUGCACUUUUUUGACCCUUUUGUUCAGAUUUUUGUGUUUGCGAACAUAAGCAGGAUCUUUGUUUUUUUUUCUCCACCCUUUGGGCUAGGAGUACUUGCAGAAGCUUGGCAUGUCAUGACAGUGUGGUGAUUAAUAUUUAUAUAUUUGACUGGAAAUUUUGUCUGGUACAGUAGCUUAACAAGAGCUUGUGCUAUUGAGUAACUAUUCAGUCAGGAAAAAAAAAAUUAAGUGAGAUGAAGUUGUCAGAAAAAUAAGGUGACAUGCUUCAUACUUCUGCCUUGAAAAAUAAGUUCUUCAGAUCUUCUUUUCUGACGGACUGCUUCUGUUUCAGUGUGAUUGAAAGAAGCUAUGACAGAUCUCUUUGUUACUGUGUACUGUUAAAACACAACUAGCACACAAUGAGUUUACCAUCAAAUGGCCUCCAGUUGCUUUUGAGAAACGUUGGAUCUUGUAGUUUGGUGUGGAGCAUUUACUCCAUGUGUGGUUUGUUAUUAAAGAAUGGGUUCAGAUUUCUUCAAGUCUAACACAAUCUAAUGUCUUUAUGUACUGAGAGAGUUGAUGAUUGGGAUUGAUACUGACUCCUAAUGCCUCAUUUAAUGCACAAAAGAUAUUCUAAGGUUGAGCAGAAGCUAAGAUGAGUCUGUGGCCGACUAACACAGAGUUGGUAUUUUUUAGGGUGAAGUCUAAUGAGUAGAAAAUUCCAUCAUCUUGUUAAGAACGAUGUUAUAUCCUUAUCCAGGUCCGAACCUUCAGGUGGCAAACAACAGUGGUAGAACCUCAAUAAGAGUCAAAAUCAACCAAAUUCAGUGAAAGUUUUUUAUCUCAUUAAAUCAACUUCAUUUCACACAGUAAUUGCUUCUAUGCUGCUAGCAAGUCUAGCUAGCUAACGUUAGCAUACACUUCAAUUUACUCUGUUCCACCAUCUGAGAUCAACAAUUAAAGCGAGGAACGCAGAAAAUACCUGAGCUUGGCCCCGGAAACAGAUAUAACACGUCACACCUUAACAACUGAUUUCCUCCAGUGCAGAUCAACACGUUAGGGGGUAGCACGUGUGUAAACACUGAAGUAACUGGACUUGAUCGUGAACCAGUUGCCGAUGUACACAUGCACAACUCGUGAAGAUAUGACAAUCUGUACCAACACAGACAAAUUCAUAUUCCAUUAGAGAAACAUUUGAAAAUAGAUACUUUUAUUUGUCUAACAGACUUAUGAAGCCUCAUAUGAACUUUGAACCUUGAAUGAAUUUUUAUUCAGAAAAAGGGCUGUUGAUAUUGCCCCCUGUACAUUGUUCACACUAGCAAGUGAUUUCCAAACAGCUGUUAAACACAGGAAGGAAGAGAACUUACAAUUUUUUCAAUCAGGUGUCGUAAUCAUUUGUUAGCAAUUGUCAUCUUUCCCUUUUCUCAGUGUGGAGUAAUGGCUUUACUCACUCGGAGGGCUUCUUAUGAGUCGAUAAACUUUUCUCACAUGUCUUCCAGGGGACGGAGCAGAGCUGGAUGAUUAAAACACUGUUAUCUGCUCGCUGCACUGCGGUGGUAUCAAAGCCAUUUGAAAACACUGAUCUCUAGCCAUAUUUGAUACAGUACGCUGAACAAAAUCCCACAUCACCUAAAGGCCAGAUUAUGUUUGUGUCAGAGUGAUACCAACUGAAAUGGACUGAAGGCUACUAUGAAUGUAAAUUCUGGUCUUAAAUUAACAAAGUGUGCUUUAUAAGGAAUUAUUUAUUGAUCUGUUUCCUCCCUCUCAUGUGACAUUCGACCAGACAUUUUUGUAUUAUAUUACAAAUCCAUAUGCUGACUUGAAUGCAUCCAUUUAUCAGAAUUUGAUCCCAUCACAUGGGGAAAGCACAUUGUGCAACCGUGUGAAUUUACACUCCUUUCGUUUUACACUUUUGCUUUACACACUUCUGCUGUUGGUUUGCAUCUGUGUCAUUUCUUCAUUCAAGAAAAUAAGCUGGGACUUUUCAUCAUCUAUUUGAUCUGUUGUUUCAGUGGCUGCUCUAAAGCAAAUGGAGUAUAAGAGUUUCAGCCAAAUGUCCAACAUCCUGUCGAUGAAAAGAAAACUGAAUGUCAUUUUUUUCUUUUAGAAAUAUAAUUUGCAAGCUACUGCAGGACUGUGGGACAUAUUUUUUGUAUGUUCACAUAGUUUUGAACUGAAGGAAGUGAACGCUGGCGAAAGUGUGGGUUUCAUUUUGAAAAUUGGCAUGUGAUAAUGUAGAGUCAUGAACCUGAACCGUGCCGACAUACUUUGUGUACAUUUGCGAUGACUUGCAGUAACUCCACACUGAAGAAAACAAUGACAUCUGAAUGAUUCCUUUAUCUCCAUUUUGAGUUUCCAAACCAAUGGUAACAACUUGUUUUGUAAGCACACAUUUUCACUUUCUAUUUUCUGUACUGUAACAUGCAAUAAAUUGAUACAUUAAAA